AUGUCUUUUUCCUCAAAUAAGGCACCGGGAUUAGAUAAAGUCCCAAUGAGUAUUAUCAAAGAUGCCUUACCAUGUAUCCUCCCUGCGUUAACAGAUAUUGUUAAUUGUUCAUUGCUUACGUCCGAAUAUCCAACAUUAUGGAAGAUGGCAGAAGUUGUUCCCCUCUUAAAAGAUGGGGAUCAUGAGAUCGCAGACAAUAAUCGUCCUGUGUCUUUGCUAAUUGCAGUAUCAAAGAUUUGUGAAAAAGUUGUAUUAAAUCAAUUGACUGACUAUAUGUCACAAAGGAAAAGAUGUACUGAACACCAAAGUGGCAAUCAAAAAUUACAUUCUACAGAAAUAUUAAACAUUUUUAUAACAGAUCAAAUCUUGCAGUCUAUGGAUCGUGAAGAAGUUACGGUCUUAGUUUUAAUAGACUUACCCAAAGCAUUUGAUAGCAUAGAUCAUUCAAUUCUACUAGUGAAACUUCAAACCAUUGGUGUGUCUGAAUCAGUGUUGGCAUGGUUUAAAAGUUAUCUAUCGGGACGAAGCCAAAUAGUACGUAUUGGGUCGACAUUGUCGGAAACAUGUAUUAUAACUCGAGGGGCCGGGUACCUCAAGGAUCUAUUCUUGGGCCGGCAUUAUUUAACAUAUAUAUUAAUGACCUACCCAAUGUUCCAAAAGAGUCCUAUUUGCAUGGAAUCUUAUGUGGAUGAUUUGAAAAUCUAUCUGGCAUUUCCAAUUCAGAAUAUUGAAACUGCUGCGUUUAAACUUACACAAGAUAUGGAAAGAAUUACCGCAUGGUGCUGUAUAAAUAGUCUGCUAGUGAAUCCAAAGAAAACGAAACUUCUAUUACUGGGUACAAGUCAAAUGCUAAAAAAACACUCUGGCACAGAUUUCCAUAUAAUUGUUCUUGGUGAGAAAAUAAUCCCACUUUAG